GCCUGUCGUAUUAGAAAAAUUAACUAGAGUUUACGGUGGGAGUAAUUUCCGUCAACCUAACCUUAAGGAAAAGCGACGCCGCAAUUGUUUUACAAUUUUUAUCGUUAAUUUCUGUCAAUAAAUCACAGAACCAAAGCAUAAUGGAUAUACGACCGAACAAUACAAUCUACAUAAACAAUCUCAAUGAGAAAAUAAAGAAAGAGGAAUUGAAAAAGUCUCUUUACGCAAUAUUCUCUCAAUUUGGUCAAAUCUUGGAUAUAGUUGCAUUGAAAACCUUGAAAAUGAGAGGGCAGGCUUUUGUCAUAUUCAAAGAAAUAGCCAGUGCAACGAAUGCUCUGCGAUCUAUGCAAGGAUUUCCCUUCUAUGAUAAACCAAUGAGAAUACAAUAUGCAAAGACAGACAGUGAUCUGAUUGCAAAAAUAAAGGGAACUUUUGCUGAACGUCCAAAGAAGCCAAAACGUGUUGUACCUGCUGCUGAAGAAGAAGCAAAAAGGGCAAAGAAGCGUGCCAAAGAGCAAGCAAAACAUUCUCAGCAAAUUGGCUAUCAUACUGGAGUGCCGCAACAUCCUGGACUCACCAAUACAGCUGUACCUGAACAACCUCCCAAUCAAAUUCUCUUCCUCACCAAUUUGCCAGAUGAAACUAGUGAGAUGAUGUUGUCGAUGUUGUUCAACCAAUUCCCAGGCUUCAAGGAAGUUCGAUUGGUGCCAAAUCGUCAUGACAUUGCCUUUGUUGAGUUUGAAAAUGAAGUGCAAUCUGGUGCGGCAAAGGAUGCUUUACAGGGUUUCAAGAUCACGCCAUCACACGCCAUGAAAAUAUCCUUUGCCAAGAAGUAGUGCCGAUCUUUUCUACAUUUGAAUAAAUAUCCUUCAUUUGUGUAUACUUGUGCGCGUGUAUACUUGUGUAAUAUUUUACAAAAAGUUAGUGCGUCUUUACAAACUGAGAAUCUACAUCCUUUGCAGUCAUGAUAAUGAAUUUAAGAACAGUAUUCGUAUUUGUUCUAGCAAAUAGACCAUUUCAUCAAACUUGGAAUGUAAAAUAUGCAUAAGCUAAGAUUUUUGCAUCUUGUACAUUUAAUUGAUAGUGUAUAAAUAAAGUCUGCACGGUCCUGUUGUAAAUAAUGUCUAUCGAUAGAGCAUUGCACUAAGCCUAUGCUAGACUUCAGGACUAGUUUUGAUACGUC